AUGGCGUCCCGCCAACGUUUCCGUUAUGGCUAUGCACCUAGUGAACAGGUAAAGCCUGUCAACAGUGAGAUCCGCCAGUACUUUGAUCCAGAGCUUCCAAUGUACGGUCCCUGGAGCCUCUGGCAGAUCAAGUCAGAACUUCCUUCGACCAAAGAGAUCCUCGGAACAGAAAACACCGAAGACUCAAUCCAACUCACCCCGAAUUGCAUUGAUGGCCCUUGGAAAUCCAAGGAAGAUUAUAUGAAGUCUCAUUAUGAAUUGCUUCGGGAAGAUUCUGUCUCGCCGCUUCGAAGAGCCGUAGGCAAGCUUCGGGAUGAUCCACAUAUGAAGGAUACAAAGGAUAUCUCCAUCUACGAGAAGGUCUUCAUCACCGGCAUCACUGCAUCCAGAUCGGGUCUGGCGUUGCAUAUCCGAUUCUCUACCCGCCGCGCAGGCAAAAACAUUGCCUGGACAUACUCCAACCGUUUGACUCCUGGAGCAAUCGUUGCAUUGACUCCCAAGCAAGACGCAUUUACUCAUAAGUGUGUUGUAGCUGUUGUCGCUUGUCGGCUCCCAGAAUAUCUCGAGAAGGACCCCCCUGAGGUUGAUAUAUUUCUGGCUUCGCCCGAGGACAUGGAAAUUGAUCCACAGCAAGAAUGGAUCAUGGUUGAGCAUCGAGUGGGAUACUAUGAGGCAAGCCGACACACAAUGACUGCACUGCAGAAGCUCUCGAAGGAAAGCUUUCCUUUGAAUGAACAAGUGUGCAGCAUGGAAGAAGACAUUGAUGCCCCAGAAUAUCUCAAAACCGCACCUAACAUGGACUUCAGCCCAUUAUCUUACGAACCCGGGCUUGAUAUUACCAACACGUACAACAUUAUCGAGCGAUGGCCAUCCCAGCCAAUUGGAAGACUUGACGCAUCCCAGUGGUCAGCACUGAACGAAAUGUUGACCAAACGGUUGGCUGUUGUUCAGGGACCUCCCGGAACAGGAAAGACAUUUACCUCGAUGGUCGCUCUCCGAAUGAUGCUCUGGAACAGACGUCCAAACGAUCCACCAAUAAUUGUCGCUGCUCAGACCAACCAUGCUCUCGACCAGUUUCUCCGGAAUAUCUCUGAAUUUGAGAGUAACUGGGUCCGCCUCGGUGGACGGACUACUGAUCCUGAUGUUCGCAAACGCACCCCUCAUGAGCUUAGACAUCGUCAGGCUAGGUUGAUAAUUGAGGGCGGUCUGAUGGAACCUGCGAAAAGGAAACAGAACAAGAUUGCUGUAGAGAUUGAGAAGAUUCUGAAAUGUCUUGCGCCAUCGAAUAGUCAGAAGCCAAUUGCUGCAUCUCUCUUUCGGCAGCACAAUCUUCUGAGUAAAGAGCAGUUCGAGUCCUUGAGCGACAGCCCAGGUCAAUGGGAGCGAUCGAAAACCCUUGCAAAUGCUGACCCUUUAACGGCCUGGCUUGGAGAUUGCACUAAAGAGUUUCAAUACAAAUACUCCGGUGACUUCGGGUUCGUCGAUGAUGAUAUUGAUCUUGAAUAUGAACAACUUCGGGAGAUUGAAGUCGAACAUGGAAAAUAUGAGGAUGACUGGGCUUCUUUCAAGACACGUUUUAUCCCAUUCAAAGUCGGACUCUGCGGCAACAGCAUUUCUCGCUACACCGAGGGUACAUUGAAAAAGCAGCUCCAAGAGACCGACCUCUGGAACAUCCACAGAAGGUACCGAGGUCCCAUUUACGACUACCUGCGCAAACAGUUGCUCGAUAUUCUCCGAGAGGAGGUGUGUCGCCUGGCUAAAAACUACGAGAAUACCUCUCGCAAGUUCCAGAUUGGUAGAUAUGAGCGAGACUAUUGUGUUCUUGAGGGGGCGAAAAUCGUCGGCAUGACCACCACUGGUCUGAGCAAGUACAGAGCAUUGGUUUCCAGCCUGAAACCCCGAGUAAUCCUGAUUGAGGAGGCCGCCGAAGUAAUCGAGGCCCCGAUUGCAGUCGCAUGUCUUCCGACGCUUGAGCAUCUGAUUCUUGUCGGUGAUCAUCAGCAGCUCAGGGGUCAGUGUGCGAAUCACGAAUUGGCUGGUAGCCCCUUUCAUCUCGACAUGUCCAUGUUUGAACGUCUGAUUAUUAAUCAGAUGCCCUACAAAGUGCUUCAAGAACAAAGGCGCAUGCUUCCAGAGAUCAGAAGCCUUCUAGCGCCGAUCUAUGGUAAUCUUCUCCGGGAUCAUGCGUCCGUCGGCAAUCAACGCUUCGUCCCUGGUAUGGGAACCAUUCGAUCUUUCUUUUUCGACCACAGAGAGCAUGAGAGCAAUGAUAGCCUGGCAUCCAAAGUGAAUGACUUCGAGGCAUCAAUGGUGGUCCAGUUCCUUGCCUAUCUUGUCCUGAACGGUGUUCCACCGGAACGUAUCACGAUCUUGACCUUCUACAAUGGCCAAAGGAAACUGAUUCUGCGAAAGAAGACGCAGAACCCCGUCCUUGCCACACCAUAUGUCAAAAUCUUGACUGUUGAUUCAUACCAGGGUGAAGAGAAUGAGAUCAUCAUCCUUUCACUCGUUCGAUCCAACGAACACCGAGGAAUCGGCUUUCUUGCACAGGACAAUCGGCUUUGUGUCGCUCUUUCCCGCGCUCGAUACGGACUCUUCAUUUUCGGAAACGCACAAUGCGUUACUGGGCAUAGCGAUUUCCUGCAUGCCGUUGUGGACGCGAUGUCCGAAGAAGAGCCAUACUACAGGAUCGGACGCGGCCUUCCUCUUUAUUGCAAACAGCACAGCCAAAAAACGGUGGUCAAAACUCUCAAGGAUUGGGAUCGGAUUGACGGCGGCUGUGACAAGCCAUGUGACAAGCCUUUGCCAUGCGGACACUUAUGCUUCUAUCAAUGCCACCGCACCAACCACGACUGGCUCUCCUGCAAGCUGCAGUGCAACGAAAUCCGGCCAUGCUGCGGCAAGCCCUGCAUUUGUAUCUGCUCCCCGCCGCACGAACACGACUGCCUGUGUCCCGAGGGCAAGCAGACAAAAGUGCAAGUGUACAAGCCCGGAGUCGAAUGGGAAGGCUCCUACAAUCCAGAAGCCAAGUCCGAGAGCAACGACGACGCAAGCCGCAUCUCGUCCAGCAAAUCCGCUGCUGAAAAGCCUGCGAAUCCGCAUGCUAAGAGUCUGCAACGAUGGAAGGACUUUGCGGACGGUGGCGCUCGCGUUGACGAUUACCGCCGGGCCGGCAUUCCAUUCAGGGGAGGGCGUGUUCCGGAAGUACCUGCCGCGGUUGAGGCGAAAGCGUCUGCUACGAUCAAACCGAAAGCCUUGAUCGAACUUAACAAGGAUGACCGUCAGGCCGCAAUCGGACGUGCGGAGGAGCUCCAGCAUACUGCUAUAGUCGAGGCAAAGGAACGGGCUGAGAAUCAGCCAUGUCUGAUUGACCUCGAGGAUGAGUAUGCUCAGACCGACGUGGUGAGCACGGAGGGAAGCCUUCGCUCUGGGCCCGAACAAUACCAGCUUUCUACUCCUACUGAGGAGGAUCACGGCUCUCUUGCAACUGAGGGAGAUGUGACUGCUCCUGCGGAGGGAAUUCUGAUCGACCUGUUCUAG